CUCCUCCCUGCUGGACCCCAGCGGAAGGGAGGAGAGGAGCCGCCCGCCCCCUUCCCUUCCGCACUGCACAGCGCCCGUGCCCGCGAGCAGCCCGCUUUCUCUAACUGCUCUUCUCGUGACAAUCGCAGCCCGUGGCGUUCUUUUAUUGUGGUUAAUGAACCCCGAGGAGGCCGAGCUCUGUGGACGCGGUUCUGCCCCGCACUGACACCUUUCCCCGCACACCUGCGGGGCGCAGGGCGGGCACUGCCGCCUCGGCGCUGGCCGGAGGAGGAGGAGCUGCGGCCAGGCCGUGCCGCCGGCGGCCGAUGGCGGCGGGUGGUGGGGCCGGGCUGCUGUCCUUCCUGCGGCUGCUGGGGCAGCUUAAGUGCCGUGGUCUGGCGGUGGUAUCCGCCCAGAGGUUGGACGCGAUGAUCUCUGCGGCCUUUUCCAACCCGGCUGAUUCUGUGAUUCUGUGACACGGGCACAGAGAGUACCGCGGACGGGAUGGGUGUACAGGAACGUGGCAAACCCAGAGAGCGUCUCCGACCAUAUGUACAGGAUGGCGAUGAUGGCUUUGGUGACUGAAGACAAAAACCUUAACAAGGACAGGUGCAUGCGAUUAGCUUUGGUUCAUGAUAUGGCUGAGUGCAUUGUUGGAGAUAUUGCUCCUGCAGAUAACAUCCCAAAAGAGGAAAAACACAGGAGAGAAGAGGCAGCUAUGCAACAACUGACCCAGCUUCUAUCAGAGGACCUCAGAAAAGAAAUCUAUGAGCUCUGGGAAGAAUAUGAAAACCAGUCUAGUGCAGAGGCCAAGUUUGUAAAGCAGUUGGAUCAGUGUGAGAUGAUACUGCAAGCAUUUGAGUACGAAGAGUUGGAAAACACACCUGGCAGACUGCAGGAUUUUUUUGAUUCAACUGCUGGGAAGUUUUUUCACCCAGAAAUACUCCAGCUUGUAUCUCUGAUUAACACAGAAAGGAAUAAAAGAAUAGCUGCUGCAUCUCAUCCACAUUCCUGAGGUGUUCUUAAAUGCUGUAGCCAUAAUAAAUACUUUGGUUUAUA